CUGCAUUCAAAGUGCCUUAGAUGAUCUAAGCCAGAUAUUUCCUCAUUGGUAUUGGGAAGAGAUUGAGGAUCUGAAGCGGCAGUUGAGUCUUGUGCGAUCAUAUUAUGGAUUGAGAGAGGCUAAUGUUUGUCAAUCGCCAUCAUCGGAUGAUGGCCCAAGAUUGGAGAAAUUGCAGCAGAUUCUAGUCCUGGAUGGUGCAACAUUGGAAGGAAGCUCAACAGAUGAACUCCUUGGCAUGGUGGACUCCCUUAUUCAGAAUUGGGUAUAUGGGAUGAUCCCUAGCUACCUGAUUCCAAACCUAUCCAAAAGUCUGGAGUUCUUGAAAAACUUCAUUCACUUUGCUGAAUUUCGAGGACUUGAGCUUCGACAGAUGGAAGAAAUGUUGGUUCAUGUUCAAGGUUUGGUUGUUGAUGCCGCGAGCCUAAAUUUCAAGUUUUCUGAUUUACUUAUGGACAGAAUACAACCGGUGGAAUACCAUGUUUGCGAGAUCUAUGUUCGAGUCCUAGAAGAAGCUUCAAAAUCGUCACAGGGAUCCAACGUUUCCACCCCAGGAGGCCACAGAAUUGAACUAGGCAUGGUUGAUUCUCUCAUCUUUCUUCUCUUAGGGCUAUUACUCCGUGGUACCAAUCACAUUUACAUGUUUGACCAACAAAUGCAUACACUCUAUGAGGCACUCAGAUUCUUAACAACCACUCUGAGAGUACAUCAUGAUCAGCUCGACGAGCGAUUUGAGAAAAUGAAAGACCUUAUUGGAGUCUUGAUAUGUGAAUCAGCAAUGGCAGUUUGCUAUCUGUGUGUAAGAAAAUAUGUCAGCCAGGUGGUUGAACGGCUGCAGCAACUUUUUUUUGAUGUUGAGGAAAAGUAUAAGAUUCUAAAGGAGACAUUAGAGGCACCAAGAGCUCCAGUACUCAGGUCAGAAUCCUGCUUUCCUCAAACCAACCUGUUGGGCUUUGUUGAUUUUGUCCUGGCAAAAAUGGAGUCACUAAAUCUUUAUGAGCCUGACUCAGUAGCUGCUUUAGAAAAGAAUAAGUUGGAAACUAUCCAUGGUGAUCUCUCGUUUUUAAGAAAUUCUCUUGUGAGUUUCAUGGGGCGACACGAUCAAAAUGAGAAGCUUCAAGAUCUCUGGAGUCGCAUUGCUAUGGUAGCUUAUGAAACAGAGUUUGUCAUUGAUUCCCUUAUUGUUGGAGGAGGUAUCCAAAGCUUUGUUGGGAUGCUUAAUACCAUUAUAGAACAAAUCAAGCUUGUUAAGACCGAGGCAUCAGAAGUUUCUCACAGAGUGGGAAAGAUCACCAAAGCGCAGAAUAUUGCUAAACCUCAUAAGGAUAUACCUGGUAUAAUUCCAGGAUUCAAUGAGCCUGUGGUGGGCUUGGAUGAUGAGGUGCAAAAGAUAAUUGAUCGGCUGAGAAGAGGGACGAAACAUUUGGAUGUUGUUUCCAUUGUUGGGAUGCCUGGGUUAGGCAAAACCACUUUAGCAAAGAAAGUUUAUCGUGAUCCCUCCAUCGCACAUCACUUUCAUGUUCGUGCAUGGAGUACCAUUUCUCAAGUAUACAAUAAAAGAAGUUUGUUGCUCGAAAUUUUAAUGGGUCUUGACAAUGGCUUUGCUGAAAGGUAUUCAAAUAUGAGUGAAUAUGAUUUGGCUGAUGCAAUUCGUAGACAUUUGAAGGGAAAAAUGUAUCUUUUAGUUUUGGAUGAUGUCUGGGAUAUCGAAGCAUGGUAUAGUCUACAAAUUUCAUUUCCUGAUGAUGCAAAGGGAAGUCGAAUUCUCCUAACUAGUCGGAAUGAGAGUGUAGCUCUGCAAUUAAAAUCACAAAGCCAGCCUCAUCAUCUUCGUAUGCUAACCAAUGAUGAGAGUUUGGAAUUAUUUCAGAUGAAAUUGUAUUCUAUUGAAGGUUAUCCUUCAGAAUUUCAUGUGCGUGCAAAGGCCAUCGCACAAUGUUGUAAAGGUUUGCCACUUAUGAUUUUAAUUGUUUCGGGCCUUCUUUCAAGGAUGGAACCUAGUAGGUGGGAAGAAGUGGAACGAAGUCUAAAGAAAAGUAGUGCACCUACAAUGGACUUAUGCAAGGAGACUCUAGAGUUGAGCUAUCAUCAUUUACCAGAUUAUUUGAAGCCAUGUUUUCUAUACUUUGGAGUAUUUAAAGAGGAUCAGCACAUACGUGUUCGUGAAUUGUUAUGGUUAUGGAUUGCAGAAGGAUUCGUAAGAAAAGUUCCCGAAGAGUGCAUAGAAGAUGUUGCAGAGGGUUACUUGACAGAGCUAAUACAGAAAAAUUUAGUUAUGAUUGCUAAGAGAGGGUCGGAAGGCAAGGUGAAUUAUUGCAUGCUUCAUGACUUGUUACACGAGUUUUGCAUAGAACAAAGCAUCGGAGAUCACUUUCUCCAACGCUUACGGGUUGGUGAGCUUGGUACUUGCACUGAGCCUAACAAGUCAUAUCGGUUGCAUAUUUCCUGUAGAACGGUGCAUGAUUUUGCUGAGCCAAGGGUGGUUUUUCCUUACCUGCGCACUUUGUUCGUUGAAGUUGAUGAAGGAAAUUGGCAUGAACAUUAUUGGUAUGGAAUUAUGUACAAGUUUUCGCGGUCCAAACUGUUAAGAGUUUUGAGCUUGAGGGGCAUGCGUCACUUCCAUGCUUUUCCAAGUGUAAUUCAACAUCUUGGUCACUUGAAGUACUUGACACUGUCAAUCCGGGAUGAGCAAGCUGCCCGCGAAUUCAUAGUCCCGUCUUCAAUUGCCAAUCUCUCGUAUUUAGAUACACUUAUUUUUUAUGGAUAUAUUGGCCUCUGCAGAGUUUUGCUGCCAAAUACUUUGUGGAAAAUGAAACAUUUAAGGCAUCUGUAUGUUGUUGGAUCAAAAUGGAGAUUGCCAUCAAAGGAUGAUGAUCCUGAAGGUCUCUCGAUUUUAGAGAAUUUAAAGAGUUUCUCCACUGUCGAACUAUCCAGUCGCCAAGCAACGAAAGAAGUUCUUGGAAGGUUUCCAAAUAUCCACAGAUUGAAAUGCAAACUCCAUCUCUCUGAGGGAGUCUGCGAGUUUAUAGCACUGGAUUUCUUGAGUCAUCUUGAGUCUCUCAGCAUCUAUGGUUCGUAUUCCAGGGAAAUAUGUAAUGAUUACUUUCAGUUCCCCCAGAACUUGAAGAAGCUAACCCUUGGGGGCCUUAGCAUUCCAUGGAGUAAAAUUUCAGCAAUUGAUAGGCUACCAAAUCUUGAGGUUCUCAAAUUAGGCUUCCUAUCAUUCAUUGGGGAAUAUUGGAACAUGGGAGAGGGGACAUUCCCCAGCCUUAGGUUUCUGAAGAUCUUUGCUAUGGCCAAGGCAUUCAUCUCCUUUACAAUUAAGGUUUCAGAAAAUUAUCAUUUUUUGUCAUUUCUUCCAGCUCCUGACAAAUAUUGUCAUGGAAAGCUGUACUCAAAGAACGACGCUAAUGUUGAUCAAGUGAACUUUGAUGAUGAGAAGAAAGAUCAUUUUUGCCGGCGAGUUAGCCAAUUCCUCAAGGAAAUCGAGGAAUCCAUUUUGCCAGGACUGAAGGACUUGCAACAGAGUCUCUGUGAUGAUUACUCGCUGCUACAAAACAAGUCUUCUUCCCCAACACAAGCGCGCGAACUCCUUGGUAUGCUGGACACGCUUAUUCAGAGUUUGUGGUAUGUGCGAGAUGAAAAGCUACUAAAAAGUUUCGGAAUCUUGAAAACCUUCAUUCGCUUCGCCAUAUUUCGAGGACUUGAGCAAAGGCAGAUGGAAGACGUGUCGAUUCACAUUGAAAGAAUAAAGCCUUCUGAGUACCAUGUUUGCGGGAUUUAUGUUGGAGUCCUAAAAGAAGCUUCAAAAUUAUCUGUGUCAACCAACCAGGCCACUCCGGAAAGCCGUUCACUUAUACUUGAAAUGGUUGAUUCUCUCAUCUUUCUUCUUUUGGAGCUGUCAUUCCGUGGUACUGGUUACGUGGACAUCUUUCACAAUCAAAUGUAUACACUCUAUGAGGGGCUCAGAUUGUUGAGAGCCGUUUUGAGAGAACACCAGGAUAAGUCUGAGGAGCUAUAUGAUGAGAAUAUGCAGAACAGUAUCACAGUCUUGAUAUGUGAGGCAGCAAUCAUAGUUUGCUAUCUAUUUGUGAAAAAAGAUGACAACCGCUUGGACACACCGCUGCAGCAUCUAUUUUUCGAGGUUGAGAAAAAAAUUAACCUUUUCAAGAAGGAGACAGAACAAGAGGCACCAACAUAUCCGCUGAAGCUAGUAUCCUGCUUUCCACAAACCAACUUGUUGGGGUUUAUUGAUUCUGUCCUGGAAAAAAUGGAGUCACACAAUCUUUAUGAGCCGGAUUCAGUGGUUGCUUCAGAAAAGAAUAUGUUAGUAACUAUACAGGAUGAUCUAGCUUUUGUAAGAUCUUUGCUUGUCAAAUUCAUGCGGCUACGCGCUCAAAAUGGGAAGGUUCAAGCUCUCUGCAGUCGCGUUGCUGUGGCCGCCUAUGAAACUGAGUUUGUCAUCGAUUCUCUUGUGGUUGGAGGAACUAUUCAAAGCUUGUGUGGCACAUUUAAUACUAUCAUGGAACAUAUGGAAAUUAUUAAGAUUGAGGCAUUAGAAGUUUCUCGCAGUGUGGGGGAGAUCACCGAAAAUCAUAACUUUGCGAAAACUCACAUGAACAUCCCAUUAGCUGAAAAGAUUCCAGGUUUCAAUGAGCCUGUAGUGGGCAUGGAUGAUGAGGUGCAAAACAUAAUUGAUAGGCUCCGAAGAGGAACAAAACAAUUGGAUGUAGUUUCCAUUGUUGGUAUGGCUGGGUUGGGCAAAACAACUUUAGUCAAGAAAGUUUUCUCAAAAAUGAAUGAAUAUGAUUUGGCUGAUGCAAUUCGUCGAUGUUUGAAGGGAAAAACGUAUCUCAUAGUUUUGGAUGAUGUUUGGGAUAGUGAAGCAUGGGAAAGCCUAAAAAUUUCAUUUCCUGAUGAUAUGAAGGGCAGCAGAAUUCUCUUAACCAGUCGAAAUGAGAAUGUCGCUCAAAUCAAACAACAGAGUCAACCCUACUGUCUUCGUUCACUCACUGAUGAUGAGAGUUGGGAGUUAUUCCAAAUCAAGAUACGUUUUGAAGAAAACCAUCCUUUGCAACUACGUGCUCAUGGGAAGGCGAUCUCACAACGCUGUAAGGGAUUGCCGUUGAUGAUUGUGAUUGUUGCUGGCCUUCUUUCAAGUAUGGAGACAAGUAGGUGGGAAGAAGUUGAAGAAAGUCUAAAGAAUAGCUUAGCAACUACACUAGAUAAGUGCAAAGAGACUCUAGAGUUGAGCUACAAUCAUUUACCAGACUAUUUGAAACCAUGUUUUCUCUACUUUGCAACACAUAAAGAAGAUCAACGUAUACGUGUUCAGGAAUUGUCAUGGCUAUGGAUUGCAGAAGGGUUCGUGAAGAAAACUCCGAAAGCGAGCAUAGAGGAUGUUGCAGAGGGUUACAUGAUGGACUUGAUACAGAGGAAUUUAGUUAUGAUCGCUGAGAGAGGGGCCGAAGGCAAAGUGAAAUUUUGCAUACUUCACGACUUAAUACACGAGUUUUGCUUGGCCAAAAGCAUGGAUGAUCACUUUCUGCAUCGCUUACAUGGUAGUGAACUUGGUACUUCCAUGGAGCAUAAUGUGUUAUAUCGGUUUCAUGCUUACUCCAAAAGAGUGGAGGAUUUUGCAGAGUCAAUGCUGGUUUUUCCUUCUCUACGCACUUUGUUCAUUGUUGUUGAACACGAAACAAUGGAUGCGCGACCUUGGUACAAUAUUCUGUACAAGUUUUCCCGGUCCAAACUUCUAAGAGUUUUGGACUUAAGCCGAAUGUGUCGAUUCCAUUUCUUUCCAAGUAUAAUGCAGCAAUUUGGUCCCUUGAAGUACUUAACCUUGACAAUUGAAGGCGAAGAAUUCAUUGUCCCGCCGUCAAUUGCCAAUCUUUCGACUCUGGAGACAUUGACUUUCUAUGGACAGCAUUACUACAGCAGAGUUUUGCUGCCUAAUACAGUGUGGAAAAUGAAAAAUAUAAUGCACUUGCAUAUAGUCAAUUCAUAUUGGGAAUUGCCAGCCGAUGAUCAUCCGGAAGAUAUCUCGAUUCUAGAGAAUUUACAAAGUUUCUCAAUUGUAGGUUUAUUCAGUCGCCAAGCAACGAAGGAAGUAGUAAUCCGAAGGUUUCCCAAUAUCCGCAGAUUCAAAUGUGAACUCAGGUUCUCAGAGGGAGUCUUCGAGAUUAUAGCACUAGAUUUCUUGAGUAAACUUGAAUCACUGUGCAUUCUUGGUGUUGGGUUUCCGCUGGAAAUCCGUAAUGAUCACUAUCAGUUUCCCCACAACUUGAGGAAGCUAACCCUGCAGAGGCUUUACCUGCCAUGGAGUAAAAUUUCAAUGAUUGAUAGACUACCUAAGCUUGAGGUACUCAAAUUACAGUACAAAUCAUUCAUCGGGGAAAAUUGGUACAUGGGAGAGGGGACUUUCCCCAAGCUUAGAUUUCUGAAAUUAGAUUUCUUGGAUUUAGUCAGGUGGACGGAUGACUCGGAUGAUAAUUUUCCUUGUCUUGAGAAACUAGUGCUGAAAAGUUGCCUGAACUUGAAGGAAUUGCCUUCGUGUUUAGCCGAGAUUCCAACUAUGCAAAUGAUUGAGGUAUCUCGCUGCAACAAUGCUACAGAUUCACUAAAGCAUAUUCAAGAAACGCAGUUGGAUUUUGGAAAUGUGAACCUCAAGAUCCGAAUACACAUGGAGUUAUAA